AUGAAGCGAGAUCAAGAUAACGCCACCGGCAUGCACCGUGUCAAGCUCUCUUGGCUCAACGACAACGACUCGUUCUACAUGCACGACAGUGGCGUCCUGACGGCAAGUCGAGAGUCGCGCCAAACCAUGAUCAGGUAUCUCCGACGAGUUCGCGCGAAGCCAAGAUACGCACCCGGCAGCAUCCUAUUCUUCACUUUCCGAGAGCCGUCGUCGUCUGGCGAGACCUCUCCUCUUCGCCAGUCUUUUAUCGAAUUCGACGCCAACGACCUCAUAGUUCUCCGGUCACAAUACCACCUUCCGCAUGGGACCUGGUACAACGCCGUUCAGUACCUGGUGGAUGCAAGGCCUUACAUCGGCCAGGGGUCAACCAUUGGUAUUGCCAUGGAUCCCGACAACUACCCUACCUUUUACAACAGCUCCGACGGCGCCCCUUUCAUGGGUGUUGCCCAUCUCUUGUCCGAAAUCAUUGACGAGUGUCGCGAAGCCUUCGACGAGGUCGACGCCUCGCUCACGAUUGCGGUGAUUGACAGCCGCCUCGAGAUCGAGCUGUAG